AGGGCCAUCGGGUUUUCUUUUAGUACCUCAGACAAACUAAGUUGAUCAUGAAGAUAUAAUCUAUCUAGUUUUUUGUAUUUGUUUGUAUAGAAAAGUAGAAAACAUUAGAUAUUCGUCUGGACACUCCACACCAGUAGGUGGCGGAAAUGCACAAAUUCGUUGUUUGCCAACCGCCAAUAAACCUCAAAGAAGAAGAAAAAGCAAGACGAAGAAGAAGAAGAAGAAGAGUGGUGCAUGUGAGGACAGCGAUGUUGUAAACAGAUUUCUAAUCUCCCUUUAGUCUUUAAAACUCCUCGAACUGCUGGUUUGUAAAUCACUGGAUAUCACCGUCACCAUAGUAACACGGAGCUACCUGCUAACUUAAAACUACAGGCCGAGAAGAAGAAGAAGAAGAAGUCAGUAUGGACUCCUGGGUUCGCUUCAACGCCCAAAGUCAAGCCAAGGAGCGAGUUAUCAGGGCUGCUCAGUAUGCGUGCACUCUGCUGGGAUACACUCUGCAGAAAGGAGGCGCGGCGGCUGAGCUUCGUAAAACCAUCGGUCAGCUGGAGGCGCACAUGAGCCUGACCAGGAAGUUGCUGCGUCUGGGAAACUCAGUGGAGGCUCUGGAGUCCGCCAAGAGGGCGAUCCACCUCUCCGACAGCGUGCUGAGACUCUGCCUCACCAUCAGCCACCUGAACAGAGCCAUGUACUUCGCCUGUGAUAACGUCCUGUGGGCGGGGAAGACGGGAAUCAUCUCCAAACUGGACAUGAAGAAGUGGAGUGAGAGAUCCUUCAGGUAUUACCUCUUCGCUCUGAUCCUGAACCUGACUCGUGAUCUGUACGAGCUCCGCCUCCUCAUCGAUUGUGAGGAGCGUCACAGAGCAUCCAAACACCCUCCCUCUCCUCACCCUGGCUCCGCCUCCGCUGACCAGUUGUCCUCGCCCUCCUCCUCACCCGUCGCCCUCAACGCUCCGCCAGUCAUGUUGGCAGGGCUCCGCAGACAGCUCCACCUGCUGGCGACGGUGCUGUACAGCAACCCGCCGCUGUUGCUGGACCUCCUGAAGAACAGCUGCGACAUCUUUAUCCCUCUGGACCGGCUCGGGAUAUACACCACAGGAUCCGGGUUUGUGGGGCUCUGCGGACUCACCUCCUCAAUCCUCAGCAUCCUCACCCUCAUCCACCCCUGGCUCAAACUGAAACCAUGAACACAGACGCACGCAGGAGGAGGAGGAGGAGGAGGAGGACGGCUGUGAUCAGAGUCUUACACUGAACAAGAACAGCAGCUUCUGAUGUACUCUGAUCAUAUUUUGAAAAGCUGCAGGACUUUAAAGCCCCUGAAACAGUUGUAUGUUUGAAAAAAAAUCUGUCAUCCUGCAUCUCUCAGUCCUGCAGUAAAAAAUCUUGACUGAACUUCACAGGAAGAAAAGGAAAGUCAGUCCUCUUUGUGAGCUACAGAUCACAAAGAGGACUGACUGACUGAUUAACUGAGUGUGUGCGAAAACGUCAUAGGACACGUUAAGUCGACACAGAGUUUCCUGCAGCUACCUUUACUCACUCAGUGUCCCAGCACAGAUCGAACUGCUAAAUAUGUUUUUUUUUUGUUUGUCUUAGAAAUCAAAUGACAACCAUAUAAAUCAGCGUAAGAACCUUUUCGCUGCCCUUAGACUAAAUCGAAGUUCAGCUUUGCACCACUUGGGAUCUAACAUUACAUCAACAUUAGGAAUUUCCACCUUGUCUGUGGUGCACUUUCUGCCACUUCCUGGCUAAUGCUAAUAUUAGCUUGUAAGUGGUUGAAUGCAGACAGCAGCAUAAAGGGUUGUCUGAUAUGUUUUCCCUUAAAUAAUGGCUGAAUGUCCCUCCAUAAAUUCACUGUGCAUUAUGAACAACCGAACAGCUGUGAAAUGUUAACUAUUUGUCAGAAGCUCAACAUUAACACAGAUGGACAACAUUUUCCUGCAGGACGGCAGAGAGGAAUGGACGUUAUGUGAAUGUGGUUAAUAGUCAGACCUGUUUCCAUACUGAGGGGAGCAAAGGCGCUUGGUUUUAAUUUCUGUGAGCCAAUCACAGUUGGGUUUGUCAACUGUGAGGCAGCGACGUAAAACAGUGACAGAAAGGAAUGUAUUCCAAUAAGGAGGCUGUCCUGCAAAACGCCACAUGAAGAAUCAGCCUGCUCACCUUCAAAACGAGAAGAAACCUUCAGCACAGGCUUUUACUUACACGGUCCUGAAUCCCUCCUUUACACAUGCGGGAAGUUUGCCCUGCUGACAUGAUGUCAAACAGGACAAGAUGGUGGAUUAAGCAAGAGUCUGACGGUACGAUGACAGUUCAUGUUUAUGUGUAAUUCGAGUACGAACAGACAGACAUGCUGCUGAGCUAAAAACAUCAUGAAGCAUCUUCGUCACGAUCAAAGAUUGAAACAGUCACAGCAUAUAAACGUCAUUAUUCGAAUACUGAAUAUUAUCUUUUGAGUUUAUACAUCAGCUCACCUGGAGUUCAUGUGUUUUACUGAAGCGCUUGCAUGAGAAAGUCUGCUGUGUAAAGUUGGGGUUAAACUUCAGCGUUCACUCUGUGAUGCCGCCCACUUUGGGAACUUUGAGUUUUGUGUAGGUCUGAAAAGUUGAUCCAAAAUGUCAUUUUUUUCUUUGAUUAUUGUCAACUGUAUUUUAAAAACCAUACAUGAUGUGAAAUAGGAGGAAACUUGGCCUCGUACACACAGAUGAUCCUGCGAGUCAGACAACAGUCUCAUGAGAAAUUACUGGAUAUUAACCAUAUUUCUAUGUAAUUAAGAUUUUUAUAUUACAUCGUCCACCCUGACAGACAACUGAUACAGUUUUUAUUUUGAAGUUUGUCACAAAGUUAGUCCUGAUUUUCCGUCUGAUUUGUGUUUAAUCUUUUUUAUUUUCUAGCCUCUACGUUACUGAAUUGUCCAGAACGCCUCAAAGACAAACUCAUCAAGCUUGUUAAGGAGAACUGCUGCUCUGCACCGACUUUAAAAGGCUGUCAACGUCUCGACUUCUGCAGCUUAACUACGAAAUGUCUUUAAAUGUUAGAGCAGAAAUAAUUUAGGAUCAGAGGAAACGUUUGAUGAGCUGCAGUCUGAAAUAUCACCGUAUGUAUGUGUUACUGUUUUAACCAGACUUGUGAGUUAUUAAAUAAAAAAACUUUUAACACG